UCUCUGUCCUGUGUUACACCUGCCAUGCUAGGAACCCCCAAGCUCUGAGGAGUACCUGCCAAGGGGAACACAGUUGGGUUUGGAGGUGAGGGUGGGCAAACCCUCAGAUGUUGUUAGCAGGACCGGCUUUUUCCAAGGCCUGAGCUUCUGCCCCUGCGGCCACCCUCUGAGAUGGGGGGUGAGGCAGGGCUCCUUCCCACUUUACAGAUGAGCAGACUGAGGCCCUGGGGGUCCAAGGUCGAGGCAGUGACAGCCUGGGCAGGGAGCACCGUUUUCUUAUCAUCCAGCUGAGGCUGGAGGGAGGUUCAAAUCCUCCGAGAUCUGUGCCGAAGCUGACCCACACAGCCCUCACCAGGCAGUGGAAAAGACUGGCAUGGAAUCACAGACCUGGGUUCAAAUCCUGCGUUUGUCUCGCACAAACAGUGUGAUCUUUGUGAGCAAGUCAUUAAUUACUCUGAGCCUCUGUUUCCUUGUCUGUAAAGGGAGAGAGCAGGCCUCUUUCAUUCAGUCAUUAACAUGUUUAUUCAGCACCUGCUGGGUGCCUGGUGCUGGGCUUUAAUGGGGACUCAGACCCUUCCUUGGAGAACUCAGUUCAGGAGCAAAAGCAGCAGUUUUGGUUCGGUUGUGAUGGAAGAAGCCCAGGUGGCUGUGGGAACCCACAGGAGGGACCCCAAGCAGACCAUCUUAAUUGGCGGGGGCAGGCAGGAGGGCAGGAGAGGAAAGCAGGAACCAGCUCCGCAGGACCCCAGGGGCUGGGCUUCAGAUGUCUGUUGGAAAUUUCCCAGAUCAGUAGGGAGCCAGGGAAGGCUUUUGAGCGCGGGAAUGUUGGAGGCUGGGAGACCAGUGAGGAUUCUGAUUGAGAAACUCAUUUGGGGUGAGGAAGGAGGCUGAAGCAGGGCAGGAGCAGUGGGAGGGUACAAAGGCCUUCCAGAUGUGGGCAGCUGGGGCCGCUUCGAGCUGGCUCAGGGACCGGGCAGAGGAGCGGGGCUGGGGAGCAUGUGGGCAGUGGGAGGCGAGUCCAGUUGUGGGGUUCAGGUGCCAGGGAGAGGUCCAGAGGCAGCUGGCGGUCAGUACCAAGCUGAUAACAGAGACCCUGAGAGGGAUGGAGAUGCUGGGGGGUGGGAGUGGGGAAGCAGGUUUGGGCAGAGCCGAGGACCGGAACCAGGACCUCAGAGAAGGUCACUGCAAAGUAGCCCAAGGGGGAGCGGCCUGGCAGGUAGGAGGAAUCCCGAGGUAUAGGGACUUAGGUCUGCCGGGAGAUGACAGAAGUCACCUGUGUCGGGCACUUUGCCCAGUGCCAGGCUCACAGAGGGGCCCAGGAGGGUCAGUUCCCACCUGGCUUUCGCUGGAAAGCAGAACCAUAGUCUGUCCCCUGCCAUCCCGAGGAGGAGGCUCUGAGGAGGAGGGUGUUUGGGAAGGAGGGAAAGGGGAAAAAACAUUUGCGUGUGGAACAAGGCUGAAGCGAGAGAGAGAGAAAGAGGGAGCAGGGGAUGAAAAGAAAUUACCAUCCGCCGGGAUCUUGUCAUUCAACCCAAUUUUCAAAGGACCACAGCUGUCGCACUGAGAUAAUCUGUUAAUUAUAACAGCCAUUGUGCUUUGGCAAUGGGAGAGAAACCGAGGCUGAGGAACAGGCCGAAGGCAGGGGUGGGAGCCUUUGGGGGGCAGGAACAGGCAGGAAGGCAGACACUGUCAGGGGCCAGGCCUCAUCCCUUCCUUGCCACCACUGUUGUAGCAGUGGGUGAUGGGGACCCGCUGUGUGCCGGGCACUGUGCCACGCCUGUGAGCCGGGCCGCCAUAACCAUUCUAGAGGCAGCUAACUUUAUUGAGCACUUACUAUGUGCCAUACCCUGCUCUGAAGCUUUCAUUCUCCCACCCUCUGAGGUAGUGCCCUUCUAGUCCCAUUUUACAGAAGCGGAGACUGAGACUCAGAGGAAAGAAAUUGCCUGCCAGGGCCAUGCUCUUCGUUCAGUGGCAGAGCCAGGAUUUGAGUUGAAUGUGGCCUGUCCUUCUGGGAGAACGCUAGGGAGGGCCGGUCCCCAUGGGUUGGCCAUGCGGGCUUGGUGGCCACAUGUCCUGGGCUGUGGUCUCAGCGCAGCCGGCAGUCCAUGGGGUAGCCCCCCCCCACCCCGGGCAUUUCCGGGGCUCCUUCUGCAUGAACAGGGCUUCCUUGUUCUCUGAUGCCACAGCUGCAGGCCCCUGCAAGCUCCCCCCCCACCGCCAUCCGCACCAGAGAAGCUAGCCUCAGGGCCAGAAGAGGGACCCCAUACGACCGCCUGGUUUGGGGUUGUGAUGGGCUGCGGCCCUGGGAGGGGUCUCAGCCUGGCCCUGGCUGGCUGGCUAUGGGGCCCCGGGUGCUGGGGCCUGGGAGAGGCAGUGGGGAGGGUGGGCAGGAGUCCCAGGUGAGCAGAGUGAGGGGAUCCUGAGGUCUGUGGGGAGGGGCAAGAGCAAGGGGCCAUUCCAGAAGGCCAGGGAGCCCUUUGCCGCAGGCCCUCCUCCGGGGUGUGGCUUCAGCAGCCAAGGCCUUAGGCCUCCUGGUGUUUCACAGCGGCCUUGGCUGGAACCUCAGCGCAGCCUGGCUGGCAGCGUUUUACGGAGUGGGAAUCCUGUUUGGGAGCAAGUAACCCUCAAACCCCAACAGGAGCCCCAAACUUGACCCGGCAACCCAAGCAGCAUGGUUGGAGAGCCAGGGACCCCACAGGUUGACAGGCAGGUCUCGGAGGCUGUAUGGGUGCUCUCCUGGUUUGGGGUCCCCACUCCAGUGGGCCUGCUUGGAGGCAAGCAGGGGUUGUGGAUGGGCCAGGGCAGCUAAAAGUCCUGUAGAACUGGUGUCACAGAGGCCAAGACUCAGUAGACUUUUAGGAUCAAGGGAUUGUAGAUACACUGUAGAACUCCUGCAUCCCAAAUUCGUAAUUAGAGACCUCCCCCCGCCAAAAGAAAACGACCCGUGCCAUUAGAGUGUCCCAGAGCCGCAGAACCAGGGAGGCAGGUACUGUAGCAGCCUCGGGUCCCAACCGGGGGUCUCAUGGGAUUCCCCCCACAGGUCCGGAUUCUAAUUGUCGCCACUCUGGGCUUCCCUCUGCUGCCCAGGGGUCAGUGGGAGCCUCAGCCAGAGAGGCGGGGAGGAGGAUGGGUCCACCUAGGCCUGUGCCACCUGCUCUGUCUCUGCAGGGAUGCAGAACCUGGGCAGCCAGUUCUUCCAGGUUUUUCAGUGGAUUCCAGAAAUGAGGAUUUUAAAAAUAAAAUCUCCAGAGUUAUCGUCAUUGACAACUAAUUAAAAAUUUUUUUUAAAAACCAUUGUCCAGAUGAAACAGGAUCCCACAGCAUCUCUUGACCCAGAGCCUGGUGCCAUGGAGGGUCAAAACCACUAUGUAGUAGUUGUGAAACCUCAGUUUCCUCCUCUGUAAAGUGGGAACAGCAGCAUCGACUCAUGAGGUUGUGCAGAGGACUCAGUGAGUUAACAUGAGAAGUGCUUAGGCCUAGCCCGUGUCAGCCCAUGACUCUGUUUUCAUCUCGCCCCACGCUGCCCAUCCCUCCCCUGCCAGGCUGCCUCCGUGUGGGCUGCGCGCUUUGCCACCGGGAGCCCCCACGUCUCCCCGUGGGCUCCAGACACACCACUCUGCCUUGGGACAGCCCUGAGGGUGUUGGAAGGCAGGGAAAUGUUCACCCCUUGGGGCCCUGGAGAGGGAGCAGAGCUGGGAGGGAGGGCCUAGCCGGCGCCUGGUACAUAGUAGGUGCUCCAUAAAUGUUUAUUGAAUGAAUGAAUGGAGGCCAUGCAGGCAGAGGCAGCCGCGCGUGCGCAGGCACUGGUGAAAGAGCGGGUCCAGUGGAGACUGGAACCAGGUGACAGAUGGGUCUCUUCCUUCCUGUCCCCGUCUCUCGCGCUCCCCCCUCAGAGCUCCAGUCUCCAGCCUCCCGUGGGAAUCGUCUGAAGUUCUGAGCCCAGAACCCCAGGGGGAAGAGGAGGAGGAGGAGGGAGAGGAAGGCAAGCCUUGAGAGCCCGGGCACCCUCCCGGCAGGAGAGGAGCACCUCGGGGAAGCAGACUGUGGGGCCUGUAGCCCCCGUGGCCCUGGCCUGGCCGUGGCGCCCGGCUCCUGCGGGUAGCACCCCGGCAGGCCCCCGACAGUUGGCACCGGCUCUGCCUGCCUCGCUUGGGGCCCCCAAGCUGGGGGUCGCCCCCAAGAUGGUGGCGGCCCCAGGGAGGACUCUGCUGCCGGCCCCAGCCUCUGGCUGCUAGGCCACCUGCGCCCCGGCCCCCGACCCCGAGCCCGGCCUGCGAGGAGGCCGCGGCCGGAGCCAUGCUGCGCCUGGGGCUGUGCGCGGCCGCGCUGCUGUGCGUGUGCCGGCCGGGCGCCGUGCGCGCCGACUGCUGGCUCAUCGAGGGCGACAAGGGCUACGUGUGGCUGGCCAUCUGCAGCCAGAACCAGCCGCCCUACGAGACCAUCCCGCAGCACAUCAACAGCACCGUGCACGACCUGCGGCUCAACGAGAACAAGCUCAAGGCCGUGCUCUACUCCUCACUCAACCGCUUCGGGAACCUCACCGACCUCAACCUCACCAAGAACGAGAUCUCCUACAUCGAGGACGGUGCCUUCCUGGGCCAGUCGAGCCUGCAGGUGCUGCAGCUGGGCUACAACAAGCUUAGCAACCUGACCGAGGGCAUGCUGCGCGGCAUGGGCCGCCUGCAGUUCCUCUUCGUGCAGCACAACCUCAUCGAGGUGGUGACGCCCGCCGCCUUCUCCGAGUGCCCGAGUCUCAUCAGCAUCGAUCUGUCCUCCAACCGCCUCAGCCGCCUCGACGGAGCCACCUUCGCCGGCCUGGCCAGCCUCAUGGUGUGCGAGCUGGCCGGCAACCCCUUCAACUGCGAGUGCGACCUCUUCGGCUUCCUGGCCUGGCUCGUGGUCUUCAACAACGUCACCAAGAACUACGACCGCCUGCAGUGCGAGUCUCCGCGCGAGUUCGCCGGCUACCCGCUGCUGGUGCCCCGGCCCUACCACAGCCUCAACGCCAUCACCGUGCUGCAGGCCAAGUGCCGCAACGGCUCGCUGCCCGCCCGGCCCGCCAGCCACCCCACGCCCUACUCCACCGACGCCCAGAGGGAGCCCGACGAGAACUCGGGCUUCAGCCCCGACGAGAUCCUUUCGGUGGAGCCACCGGCCUCGUCCACCACGGACGCCUCAGCGGGGCCGGCCAUCAAGCUGCACCACGUCACCUUCACCUCGGCCACCCUGGUGGUCAUCAUCCCGCACCCCUACAGCAAGAUGUACGUCCUGGUUCAGUACAACAACAGCUACUUCUCCGACGUCAUGACGCUCAAGAACAAGAAGGAGAUCGUGACGCUGGACAAGCUGCGGGCGCACACCGAGUACACCUUCUGCGUGACCUCGCUGCGCAACAGCCGCCGCUUCAAUCACACCUGCCUGACCUUCACCACCAGGGACCCGGUCCCGGGCGACCUGGCGCCCAGCACCUCCACCACCACCCAUUACAUCAUGACCAUCCUGGGCUGCCUCUUCGGCAUGGUCAUCGUGCUGGGAGCCGUCUACUACUGCCUGCGCAAGCGGCGCAUGCAGGAGGAGAAGCAGAAGUCGGUCAAGGUCAAGAAGACCAUCCUGGAGAUGCGCUACGGGGCCGACGUGGAUGCCGGCUCCAUCGUCCACGCCGCCCAGAAGCUGGGCGAGCCCCCCGUGCUGCCCGUGUCCCGAAUGUCCUCCAUCCCCUCCAUGAUCGGGGAGAAGCCCACCACCUCCAAGGGGCUGGAAGCUGGGCUGGACACGCCCAAGGUGGCCACCAAGGGCAACUACAUCGAGGUGCGCACGGGCACGGGCGGCGAUGGCCUGGCCCGGCCCGAGGAUGACCUCCCGGAGCUGGAGAAUGGCCAGGGCUCGGCCGCUGAGAUCUCCACCAUCGCCAAGGAGGUGGACAAGGUCAACCAGAUCAUUAACAAUUGCAUCGAUGCCCUCAAGUUGGACUCGGCCUCUUUCCUGGGGAGUGGCAGCGGUGGCGGGGACCCUGAGAUGGCCUUCGAAUGCCAGUCCCUCCCUGCGGCCUCCACCACCUCCUCGACUGCCACCCCUGGGGGGCUGGAGCGGCCCAGCUUCCUCUCACCUCCCUACAAGGAGAGUUCCCAUCACCCCCUGCAGCGUCAGCUGAGCGCCGAUGCUGCCGUGGCCCGCAAGACCUGCAGCGUCUCCUCCAGCGGCUCCAUCAAGAGCGCCAAGGUCUUCAGCCUGGACGUGCCGGACCAUCCGGCCGCCGCGGGGCUGGCCAAGGGCGACUCCAAGUACAUCGAGAAGGGCAGCCCCCUAAACAGCCCGCUGGACCGGCUCCCGCUGGUGCCGGCGAGCGGCAGCGGGAGCGGCGGCGGCGGCGGUGGCGUCCAGCACCUGGAGGUGAAACCCGCCUACCACUGCAGCGAGCACCGGCACAGCUUCCCGGCCCUGUACUACGAGGAGGGCGCCGACAGCCUGAGCCAGCGUGUGUCCUUCCUCAAGCCGCUGACCCGCACCAAGCGGGACUCCACCUACUCGCAGCUCUCCCCCAGACACUACUACUCAGGUUACUCCUCCAGCCCUGAGUACUCAUCCGAGAGCACGCACAAGAUCUGGGAGCGCUUCCGGCCCUACAAGAAGCACCACCGGGAGGAGGUGUACAUGGCCGCCGGCCACGCCCUGCGCAAGAAGGUCCAGUUCGCCAAGGACGAGGACCUGCACGACAUCCUCGAUUACUGGAAGGGGGUCUCGGCCCAGCAGAAGCUGUGACCCUCUCCUCCCUGGUGAGGUUGGAGGGGGGAGGGCCAGGGGCACGCGGGGAAGGGCCCGGGCGGCCGGGCGGGGCGCGCUGGGGGCCGAGGCCAAGGAGUGGACGUACACGCACACCCGCACGCACGCACCCACGCACACACCUGACCACCACCUGACUGUGAACCACCACCACCCGACAAUACCGGACGGGAAAACAAAGACAUGUUCACCUUGAAGUUUACACACUGAUACUGAAACCAGUCGUCUCUACUGUGCUACCCAGGGGCUCUGCCGGGGUGUGCGCGCUGGGUGGGGCCGGCGGGCAGGCGAGGAAGCCAAAAGAGGGUGUGGGGUCUGGGGCUCUGGGACUAGGGACAGGUUUGGGGGCAAAGGAGCCUGGGGCGGGGAUGGGCCGAAGCCCCCCUGGGGCAGGGAGCGGGUCCCCCAGCUGGGGGACAGGUCACUUGGAGAUUUAGUAGAAGUUUCCUUCCUUUGUGGAUGGGGAAGCCGAGGCCCAGAGAAAGGAAUUGCUAACCCCAGGGUCACAUGGCAGGUGAGAGUCAGUCUCCCAACUUCCCGGCCCAGUGCAAUCCCCCAGCCCCAGGAGCUCUCCCGGGGCCCUCACCCUCUGUUCACCCACUACCUGUUCUAGAGCUGUGGUCUCCUGGGGCUGUGGGACGUGAGAAUCAGGCGGGUGCUUUUCCUUUCUAGAAAGCCCCAUGGCCAUGUCGCUCCCUUCCCGAGCGUGGAGCUGUGAUUCAUCACGUACAGGGGCCUCUGCGCCAUACACACUCC